AGCAAAGUCAACGCUUCUGCUCGAGCUGAUGACAUAGCUGCAUGUCAGGCAGUGCCCCGCCUGCGCCAGCAUGGCGGCACUUCGCUUUCUUCGACGCUACGCCCGUCAAGGACGCUCAAGACCUUGCGCAGACCCCGGAAGCCUUUAGGGACGCAGGAAGGAUUGCAGCAGUUGCAUCCGGACAGAGCACCGUCGUUCUCGCGGAUCAUCAGGGCUCACUGCACUGCCUGUCGCCCGACUUUGAGGAGCUACAGGCUUGGGUAGCCUAUGAUGGCGGCAGAGCGCUCCUCGUCAAAGUCAGCGGCGUCAAGGGUAUCAUAGUCAGCUUGGGCGAGGAUGCCAGUCAGACACUCGUCCUCAAGGUCUGGGACAUCAGACAUCUCGAAAAAACCUCUGGCAAUCCUCGUCUGCUCGGUCAGGCUCGUGUACAGCAGGGACAGCGACCCCAUCCUGCGACCGUACUCAGCCUCACGUCAUCCCUUUCACACAUUGCCGCUGGUUUUGCAGAUGGAUCCGUGCUCUUCUGGCGUAAUGUUGAUCAGGCCCUGUCCAGCCACGCUGCAUCAGACAAUGCUGCGACCGUCACGCUCGCCAAACCCAAGGCAGUGCCGUCUUUCUCGUCUGAGCCCAUCACAGGCCUCGAAUUCUGGACAUCGGCAGCGCAACAGCAAGCUCUAUGGAUCGUGACGACCAGCAAGGUCUGGUCGUAUACGUUGACAGGCAAAGCGAGUGGCAAUGCGCCUACGAUCACAGAUGAGCUGGGCGCACCUUUGCGAUGUGUGGCGUCGAUGCCCAACGGCGAUAUGGUACUGGCCCGCAGUGAGGCUCUGUACGUGUACGGAAGCGAAGGAAGAGGCGCAUGCUUUGCGUACGAAGGUCCCAAAACCCUGAUAGCAUCUCAUGGCUCGUACAUCGUCAUUGUCUCACCUCCCCAAUCGCCUAGUGCAGCUUCUGCAUCACCCACAGUGCGUAGAUACGUCAAUAACCGAAACGGAAAGGUUCUAGCCGACGUCUCGAGGAUAACACUCUUUGAUCCGGAAAACAAGCUCGUUGCGUUCAGCGAUACGAUCGAGUCGACUAUCACUCAGGUCGUCUCGGAAUGGGGCGACAUCUUUCUCGUCCUACUGGACGGUCGGCUGAUACGGCUUGAAGAACGCUCAAUGGAUCACAAGCUCAACGCGCUGUACAGCAAGAACCUGUACCUGCUCGCACUCGGCAUGGCAAAGUCAAAGAACGCAAGCAUAGCGGAAUCCUCGAUCAUACACAAGCGAUAUGGCGACUACUUGUAUUCAAAGGGCGAUUUUGAUGGAGCUAUGCAUCAGUUCAUUCAAACAAUUGGUCAUUUGCAACCGAGCUAUGUCAUUCGCAAGUUCCUCGAUGCGCAGCGCAUAUAUACCCUUUCACUUUACUUGCAGGAGCUACACGCCCAACAGCUCGCCGGUUCAGACGUCACUACGCUUCUAAUCAAUUGUUACACCAAACUGAAAGACGUCGAACGACUAGACGCGUUCCUCAAAGCCGAUGGACCUGGACACAGCAAUACUGGAGAGCUACAUUUCGAUCUCGAAACAGCUAUCCGCGUCUGUCGACAAGCCGGCUACCACGAACAUGCACUCUACUUGGCGAAAAGAUACCAAGAGCAUGAGGAAUACCUCCGAAUACAGAUCGAAGAUCGUCACGAUUGGACAGAUGCUGUGCAUUACAUCCGUUCGCUUGGUGUGGCCGGUGCAGAGCCUGCGCUCAGGCAAUACGGACCUGCUUUGCUUGCCAACGCGCCCACCGAGACGACUCGCAUUCUUAUCGAUCUUUGCUGUGGCACAUUCGAGCAACCUAGUGAGGAGGCCCAGCAAGUGAUGAGUCCUGUUGCUGCAAACGAAGCAGGACCCUCGUACAUGUCUUACCUGUCACUCGGCGGCAAGCCAGCAAGCGUAGCCAAGUCGACAGAUGCGCUAGAUUCGCCCCGGUUGGCGCCCGAGCGUGCUCGAAAACCGGAACGAACGGCGACGAAUCGGACAGUACGCGAAUCCAGUCCGGUUCUUCCGAAAUCAAUCGAUCUCCCGUCCCCUCGCCAGUUCUUUGCCUUCUUCAUUGAUCAUCCCGAAGAGUUUGUGACUUUUCUGGAAGCCAUUGCCGCGCAACGUUGGCAGCAAACUCUAGACGACGCGACGGACACCUCACGGGAGACAACGAUGCUCGAGCGAGCAGAACAGCAAGCGAUAUGGAAUACGCUGCUCGAGCUCUACCUGACCCUGAAGGGUCUGAAGAGCGAGGGCACGCCGAGCAAGGCUGCUCGAUCUCAGGCGCGCGAGUACGAAGACAGGGCGAUGAAAGUGCUGCGAUCUGUCGAUAUACCGUAUACGAUCAAUCAAGCGCUGAUUGUCUGUACAGUUCGACAGUUCGUACCUGGCCUCAUGCUACUCUACGAAAAGCUGGGCAUGUUUGAAGAUAUCCUACGCUUCCAUAUCGACAGGGCGCGCUCGGCGCCUUCUUCCUCUAGCCUAGCUACCGACUCUGCACGUCACGUCGUGCAAGCCUUAGACAAGUAUGGCGAAGGACGACCAGAGCUGUAUCCGAUAGUCUUGCGAUUCCUCGUCUCGGACGCUCAGAUCUUGACGCGGCACCAGCAAGAUCUCGCUCGGUUGCUGACUUACAUCGAGGAAAACAAGAUUAUGGCGCCUAUCUCGGUCAUCGACUGCCUGUCUCAGACUGAGCAUGCGAGUAUCGGCGCAGUCAAAGAAUAUCUGCGCAAGCAUAUGCUCGAGGAGCGAGCGGAAAUCGAAGCAGAUAAGGCCCUCAUUGCUUCAUAUCGGACAGAGACGGCAAAGAAGCUCAAGGAUCUCGAAGAGCUUUCCGACCUCAAUGCGCCGCGCAUCUUCCAGGUGACCCGAUGCUCAGCGUGUGGUAGUCAGCUCGAGCUACCGAGCGUGCACUAUAUGUGUCGCCACUCUUACCACCAGAGGUGCUUACCGGAUAACGAGACGUCGUGUCCGAAUUGCGCUCGACAGCACGGCCUGUUGCAAGAUAUCCAGCGCAGCAAUGAACGCUACCCCGAGCUCUUUCUCAGUGAAAUCGAAGAGAGCGAGGAUGGCUUUGCGACGAUCAGCCAGGCCUUUUCGAAGGGCAUCAUGGAUCUCCCCAAGAUCAGCAAGGAGAUGACGCCACCGAUGCAGUAGCACCACACGCGCGCAUGCAACAUCGUAUGACAUUGCAAUCUGGGGUUCAUCACAGUAUUGCGCGCUUGGAAGCGAGAAAGGCUUUGACAUGCGCCGUGAGCGGCAGGGGCGACUUGAUCUCUAUCCUGGAGAAGUGCUGGACCACUCUUGAUUCGAACUUGAUGUCCUCUUGAGCAAAGUGAUUGACGAGAUCCAGCUGUAGCGCUG